UACAACUGCGCCGACUACCAGUUUCAUUAUUAACAAGAUGGCGGACUCAGCAGCAAGUGAAAACAACGUGGUCGCCGAUUUGAACGCGACUUUGAACGAAACAGCUUCCAAUGUGACGGCCAGAAUUCCAGCCACCCCCGAGGGUAUGGCCAUAGCCUACGGGAGCCUGGUCAUCAUGGCCCUGUUACCCAUCUUCUUCGGUGCUUUUCGGUCGGUGAAAUAUCAGAAGGAACAAAAGGAGAAUGGAGAAGUUCCAGAAACUAUGUCUGAGAAAGACGCUGCUAUGUUCCCCCUCAUUGCAAGUGCAACACUGUUUGGAAUCUAUGUCGUUUUCCAGAUAUUCUCCAAGGACUACAUCAAUCUUCUUCUGACUGUCUAUUUCUUCUUUCUGGGAGUGCUAGCGUUAGCUCACAUCUUCAGCCCUCUGAUGCGGAAGUUGCUUCCUGAAGUAUUUCCCAACGAAAGCUACCACCUGAUCUUGACAAAGGGAAAGGCCGACAAGAAAGAAGACUUGAUGAACUAUGAGUUUGACAACAAGGAUCUGGUGUGCCUUGGCCUUGCCUGUUGCGUCGGUGUCUGGUACUUGCUGAAAAAGCACUGGAUAGCCAACAACAUCUUUGGCCUAGCGUUUGCCUUGAACGGCGUGGAGUUCUUGCAGCUCAACACAGUCAUGACGGGCUGCAUAUUGUUAGGCGGGCUGUUCGUCUACGAUAUAUUCUGGGUGUUCGGGACCAACGUCAUGGUAACCGUAGCCAGGUCGUUUGAAGCACCCAUCAAGUUGGUGUUCCCGCAAGACAUCUUAGAGAGAGGACUGGACGCCAGUAACUUUGCCAUGCUGGGCCUGGGUGAUAUCGUCAUCCCAGGCAUAUUUAUUGCUCUUCUGCUUCGCUACGACGUCAGCAAAGCCAAGACUAGUCGUACCUACUUCUACGCCAGUUUCUUGGCCUACAUCUUGGGCCUUCUGACGACCAUCGGCAUCAUGCAUUUCUUCAAGCACGCCCAGCCUGCCUUGCUAUACCUGGUACCGGCUUGUAUCGGGGUACCGGUCAUCGUGGCGCUGAUCAAGGGCGAGAUCAUUGACCUCUUCAAGUACGAGGACAACCCACCCAAAGAUGACAAGGAGGAUAAAGAGGGUAAAGACGGCAAAGCCAAGGAGGACGGAGACGACAAGACAGCCGGUAAAGACGAACCCAAGAAAUCCAAGUAAUGUCCUGUCCCUAUCGCGGGCUCAUUUUAACGAGUAACUGAACCUACUACAAACGUAAAUAAAGAAAUGUCGUAAUACUUCAAAGCGGUGUUGUGUUUGAGUCCGUUUUCCAAGUCCAGUAAGUCAACAAACGUAUAUGAUGGUUUAGUUAAAAGUAUGUGUACGCGAGAUUAUUGAUUAUGUACGCAUGUCUGAACCAGUAGGCGUCUGAACCAGUAUGCGCACACUCAGUGUAUUCCUCCAACUGGGCUCUCGAAGGCAGCCCCAAAGCACCCUCUACUGUUUGUAAAUGGAGUUCAUACCACCACUAUGAUAUUUCAGUAUACUUCUGGACGAAAUAGGCUUUAUUC